AUGGGUCCAAAGAAAGUCCCAUAUAUAUUAACACAUGAUGCUCGAACAAUUCGUUAUCCAGAUCCACAUAUCAAAACUAAUGAUACCAUCAAACUUGAUAUUGCUACUGGAAAAAUCGAAGAACAUAUUAAAUUCGAUACUGGUAAUAUUGUCAUGAUUACUGGUGGACACAAUUUAGGUCGUGUUGGUAUUAUUCAAUCACGUGAACGUCAUCCAGGUUCAUUUGAUAUUGUUCAUGUUAAAGAUGCAUCUGGACAUACAUUUGCUACUCGUUUGGCUUAUGUAUUUGUUAUUGGUAAAGGACAAAAAUCUUGGGUAUCAUUACCAGCUGGUAAAGGUAUUCGAUUAUCAGUUGCUGAAGAACGUGACCGUCGUCUUGCUGGCAAAACUGCAUAA